AUGACCGAAAAGAAAGACGCCAGUACCGAGACCCCCUCGCCUGACACAGUAACUGUGAAGUCGGUUGGGUUUUUUGAUAGCGGUCUUAAACCCACGAGAAAACGCGUCUUGAUCCAAUGGGCCCGAACAGUGUCUAUACUAUGUGUCUUCAUUCUCGGAAUCCUCUCCCUUUUCUGGGCAUCACGGCUCCGAGUCACGGAAAACCUUUACCGUCUGACGGUUUGGGUAGUGGACUUUGACAGUCCGGGAUCUGCCAAGGAGCCCUUUGUGGGACCUGCUAUAAUUGAUGUGGCCACGUCCUUGACCGGCGUUGGUGUUGGGUAUAGCAUACAGGAUCCGGCCGACUUCGACUAUAAUCCCAUGGCCGUGAGACAGCGGGUCUAUGACCAGAAAGCCUAUGCAGCUAUUGUCAUCAACCCCAACGCCACAAGUCGCCUCCUUGAUGCUGUUCGAUAUCAAAUUGAUUACACACCCGCCUCUGCCGGCCAAAUUAUCACGGUCAGCGCACGGGAACCGGAUACCUUUUCCAACUACCUCACCCCGGCCCUAGAUUCAUUCGAGCGACAGGCACUGCUCUCCUUCGGGCCUCUCUGGGUGCAUAAACUUGUAUCAGAGUUUCCUAACACUACUACCUGGACAGGAGCGGCCGUCAGCCCCGCGAUCGGCUUCCAGAGAGUCGACCUACGGCCGUUUACGCCAGCAGUGGCAGGCCCUGCCGUGACAAUUGGGCUUAUUUAUUUAAUUAUCCUGGCCUUUUUCAUCUUUCCCUUCCUGAUGCCGGUGCAUAGUCAACUCCUCACAAAUGCAACCCGGUUGAGACUCUCCCACUGGAUUAUCUGGCGCAUCAUUUCCAACCUGGUGGCCUAUUUCUUUCUCUCUCUUUUCUAUUCAUUCGUAUCCCUGGCCUUUCAGAUCCCCUUUUCAAACUCGUCCCGCCCAGGUACCGAACCCGCCGCCAAUGCCACUCCAUACAGCCAUGGCUCCUUUGUCGUCUUCUGGAUGCUAAACUGGGUCGGCAUGGCGGCGCUUGGCUUCCCCUGCGAGAACAUGGCCAUGGUGCUAGGGUCCCCAUGGAGCUCCUUUUUUCUCAUCUUCUGGGUCAUAAGUAAUGUUGCGACGGGGUUCUACUCGAUAGAUCUAGCCCCUGGGUUCUUUGCCUGGGGCUACGCCUGGCCUAUUCAUCGCAUCGUCGAAGCCCUGCGCACCAUCAUAUUCGGAACACACUCUCGGAUUGGCCUGGAUUUCGGUAUCCUGUUUGCGUGGGUCGCUGUGUCGAUUGCGUUUUUCCCGUUCGCCACGCACGUUAUGUUGUGGAAGAUGAAGCGCAGGCGUUAG